GUUCUGUACAUUAAGCACUCACAUUCACAUGUUACAAGAUAACACAAAACCGCAACCGAGACACACACAUCCCCUACGUGUCGCCUUUCAAACUCCUCUUUUCCAUUUCCACUUCACACGUAAAUCUCGUGUUCCGUUCUUCUUCCUCCCGAGUCCUUACUCACCCAACGGUUGAACCACACUCCAAAUUCCACUCACCCGUUUGUAUUUGAUACCAAGACAAGCAAGAAAUGGGUUCCGUGUCUCUGAAAAUAGGCGACGGAACCGCCAGAUUCAGAAGAGCAACAGUGUGUUCCUCCGCAGUUAACAUUCUCAUGAUAUUCUCCGUCAUCACCACCAACCUCUUCGCCCUCUACGCCUUCUCUUCUUCCCCAAAAGACCCUCACUCCCACCUUCACCUUCUUGACAAAAACUUCUCCCUCAUCUCUGAGCAGGUCACCCUCAUUCUCCGAGAGAUCGAUAUGUCUCAGAAGAAACUUGCCCAAAUAGAAAAAGACCUUCUCGGCUACGAAAGCCUCGACCUUUCUCGACCCAACAUUGCAAACGAGCUCAAACUCUUCCUCCACCACCACCAGCUCCCUCUAGGCAAAGACUCCAAAUCCGGAAUCACCGAAAUGGUCUCAUCCGUCGGCCAUUCCUGCGAAAAAUCCUCGGACUUGUUGUCUCAGUACAUGAGUUACAAGGCUUUUGGACCCUGCCCCAAUGAUUGGAGCGUGGCACAGAAACUCAUUUUAAAAGGGUGUGAGCCUUUACCAAGAAGAAGGUGCUUUGCUAAAACAAUUUCUAAGGUGGGUCUUCUUCACCCUUUUCCCACCUCGCUUUGGAAAGCUCCAGUCAACAACACUGUUAACUGGAGUGGUUUAGGUUGCAAGAAUUUUGAGUGUUUGAAGGGUAAGAAGUUGAGUAGAGAUUGCAUUGGUUGCUUUGAUUUGGUUAAUGGGUAUGAGAAUCAAAGGUUUGUGAAGUCUAGGAGUAAGAAUGAUUUUCUAAUUGAUGAUGUUUUGGCAUUGGGAAGUGGUGGAAUUCGGAUUGGACUUGAUGUUGGAGGCGGGUCUGGGUCCUUUGCUGCUGUUAUGGCCGAGAGGAAUGUUACUGUGGUUACUAGCACUUUGAAUGUUGAUGCUCCCUUCAGUGAAUUCAUUGCUGCAAGAGGACUUUUCCCUCUUUUCUUGAGCUUGGAUCAUAGGUUCCCGUUUUAUGACAAUGCGUUUGAUUUGGUUCGGGCUUCGAGUGGAUUGGAUGGUGGAGGGAGGGAAGAGAAGUUGGAGUUUUUGAUGUUUGAUAUCGAUCGUGUUUUGCGGGCUGGUGGUUUGUUUUGGCUGGAUAACUUCUAUUGUGUUGAUGAAGAGAAGAAGAGGGCGUUGACUAGGUUGAUUGAACGAUUUGGGUACAAAAAGUUGAAGUGGGUUGUGGGAGAGAAGGCUGAUAUUCUUGGAUCAGGUAAGUCUCAGGUUGUUUUAUCAGCUGUGCUUGAGAAGCCUGUAAGGGUCUAGAGCUUCAAACAACAUGAUGGCAAGAUGUGAGUAUAAUGCUAUUGCUUCUGCUGGAUCUGCUUCACUUCACACACAAUUUGUGUGAAUGAAUGAACUGCUUCUAACAUCAUCAGAUCACAUCAGUAGUGAAGAGGAAUAAGUGUAUGAAUAUUUCUGUUUUUCAAGUAAUGUUUUGUAUAUUAUUCGGCUACUAAUAGCGCUACUAUUUCGCAGGAGACAACUUGUUAGAGAACCUAAAAUGAAUUACAUUUUUUUAGUUAUAAAGUUAA